AUGUCAUUACACGAGGUUCCCACACCUGUGACUCUCUCAGCCCAAGAGCUGCUCGCCUUUGACGAGGACCAGCUAGUCCAGUUCUUGAACGACAACCGCAAUCCGAGCGGCGGUUUCGAUAUCUCGCGAGUCGCGGGCGUGGAUGGCUUCUCGGUAGGCGAACGCGAGCAGUUCAGCGAGAAGCUGAGCGCCGCCGCCACAAAAGCCGGCCCCCUCAAUGCCAACGAACUCACGAGACUCCUGGGCUUGUUCACCGACCCCGACAGUAGUGCCGAUACACCAUCGGAGGCGCGGAACAGAGAGAUCCGGUCUCCAACCUCCAGCCCACCCCCUGAGGGCAACAACCAUCGGUUAGAGGCUUUUUGCCAUGACGAGCUGGUAAAGGCUGGUGGCAGGCCGGUGGUGCCUCUCGAGUUUCUGCUUCAUGCGGCCAAAGACGCAGGAGCCGACACGGAACAGUUCGAACCUUGGCUGGGCGACACCAACUCGGGCCAUCGGGAUGGCGAUGUAGCACCGGUAUUCUCAGCGCAGCUGGAGGAUUGGCUGUCAUUCCAGCACAAAUGGCAGUGGGACAACCGCGACCAGACCAUCAGGGGCGAGGGCGAGGGCUUCGCUGCUCACUUCGAGUCGCGAAAGAGGAGAUAUUUGCAUCAAGGAGAAGUGGAUGUGAUUUCUGACCCCUUGUUGGAGGACACCGUGAGGCAUGCAUGGGAGUACGAAGACAUGUUCCUAGAGGCGUCUGGAAAGGAGGGCUUUACUGCAUACACACAGGCGGUAAGGCAACGCCUGGCAUCUCAUAGCUUCACGAAACCGGUCCAGCUUGCCAAGGAUCCCCGCCAGCAGGACGUAUGGACGACAUGGGUGGAAUAUCUCAACUACAUCUACUGGUGGCAAGACCACUAUACUGCAGCAAUGAAAAGAUCGAGGCCGCAGUAUCACAAGGUAUGGGACGAACUACGGCGCUUCAAUGCAUCCCCAUCGUCAACUGUAUCGACAACAACUAGGACACUUAAAGAACUCGACGCAACUAGGGCCGAACUACAGGCGACAAGGCAGCAGAUCCGCAACUUUAUCGGGGGCACAAAGGCAUUUCAACGGCAAGAGAUAGCUGUACGCCGUCAAGAGCAGCGGGCAAAAUGGGUCCUCGAGCAAUUGGCCCUGGUUGAGACUACGGCAGCUCUGGAAAUCGAAGCGGCUAAGAACGACCCGGCUGCAAGCGGCCCUAAGAAGAGGAAGCUAAGCAGCGAUUGCGACAGCAUCCCACCUCAGCCGGCCAAGAGAAGGAGGGAAAACGCUGAUCAAUGCGGCUGGGAUCAGGAUCUAGAGCAAGAAGUGGGAAAUGGGCCCGAUAUGAAAAGACUAAAUUAG